GGACGCAGAGCGUGUUCCGCGAAUAAAACCGAUGAGAGAACCGGCAAUAAAGAAGGCAGGGGGGAGGACCAACAAACGAGGAGGUAUAGAGAGGUGAAUUUGCCUUUUUUUCUCGACAGGAUCAGUGUCGUUGUCCAAGUCGGUAGACAUGAUGUCAUCAAAGGUCGUUGCUUUUUUUCGCCGUCAAUGGCCGACGCAUCUGCUCCUCGCAAACGAGUCCGUCCUCGUAAAUUCGUCGGCUCCACCAAAGUACCCUCGUUGUCGUCGUCGGCAGCGCCAUUGAACAGCAUUCCACAGUCGUUGCUAGAGAAUGAAGCCCUCAAUGCCGCCAUCUCUGCACUACCAAGCAACUAUUCGUUCGAGAUCCACAAAACUUUAGCCCAUAUCCAAAGACACGACUCCAUGAUGGUUGCCCUGCAACUACCAGAGGGUUUGCAGAUGUAUGCUUGUGCUAUUGCAGACAUUAUCGAGACAUUUUCCGGCGCGCUUACCGUCGUUCUCGCGGAUGUGACAUACGGUGCAUGUUGUGUAGAUGACUAUACCGCGAAGGCUCUGGAAUGUGAUCUGUUGGUACAUUACGGUCACAGCUGUCUUGUCCCUGUGGAUGUGACGACAGGUAUACGGACGCUGUAUAUCUUCGUUGAAAUCGCCAUUGACGAAAAGCACCUUGUCGAGACGGUGCGAUUGAACUUGCCGGACACCAAGAACCGAUUUAUGGAGAGUUUUGGAGAAGAAAAAGCCGUCGGGGAGGCUAUUACCAGCGGUCUCAAGCAGCAUCUCGCGAUUACCCACGAUGGCGAAGACAAGGAAUCGAAGGAAGAGUUCGCUGUUGGUCCACCUACCAGCCUUGCACUGGUAUCGACAAUACAAUUUGUGUCUGCACUUUCUCGUCUAAAAGAAUCUCUCUCUUCACCAUUGUUGAAUUCAUCUUCAUCUAAUCUAUGGCCUGGUCCCUACGUCACGACAGUGCCGCGCUCUCACCCUUUAUCGCCAGGCGAGAUCCUUGGAUGCACCGCUCCCCGCCUGCCAGAUGUGCCAGAUGCAUUCAUAUAUCUUGGUGACGGUCGCUUCCAUCUUGAGGCUGCAAUGAUAGCCAAUCCCGGCGUCCCCGCAUUUCGGUAUGAUCCAUACUCGAAAAAACUGACGAGGGAGGAAUAUGACCAUGUACGGAUGCGGAAUAUGAGGUCAAAAGCUGUCAGGAAUGCGGAGAGCAAGGGGACUUGGGGUAUCAUACUGGGCACACUGGGAAGGCAAGGAAACCCAGGUCAUCUCAAGGCCAUCUCGUCGCUCGCUUCGUCGGGAAACCAGACCACUAGCAUAACUCCAAUUCCCAUUCUACUCUCAGAGCUCUCACCCGCAAAGUUGGCCCUGUUCAAUGAUAGCAUCGACGUCUUUGUGCAGACAUCGUGUCCGCGGCUUUCUAUUGACUGGGGAGCAGCCUUCGAGAAACCGUUACUGAGCGUAUAUGAGUCCGGCGUUGCGUUAGGCAAGUGGGGUGGAUGGUGGGAGGAUGGCGACUACCCAAUGGACUUUUAUGCAAGAGGUAGUCGAUGGGUCGAAGCCAGGAAGCACGGGGAAUUUAUUAUGACGUGACGGCCAUUUGAAGUUCCCUCAUUUUACGAAGACAUACCUAGGACUUCUUCGCCAUGUACGACA